ACUGAAAUGUCUGGGUGUAUUUGUCAGUGAAGGAUAAAUUAAUUUUUCAGCUUUAAAUAUAAUUUUCCAAACUUUAUUUAACCAUGAUUAAAGUAGAAAAAGCAGUUAUAAACGAUUACAGAUCACAGAGUUAGCAAAAACAUUUUCAUGCUAUACAGAGAAUACAGGAUUCAGUGAAGUACUCUUAUUACAUAUGAAUGGUAAUUUAUUUUGAGAAGAGCACCAUCUGGUUAUAGUGAAAUGAAGUAAAAAGCUGGGAACUCCCAGAGGGAGGUGCCCAGGUGGACAGGUAAAAGUGAAAGAAAACCGAAGUAAUAAAAAGACAGGUAUGAUCACAGAGAUCAUAGAGAGAUCCAUCAGCUGCUCAGAUUCUCAUCUCUGACCAGCCAGACUUGAGCACCCUGGAGGAUAUGAACCCAGAUCUCAGAGUGAUUAGCCAAGUGGAAGAUUCUUUUCUUGAUCCUCUUCUAUUUUCUCCAAAUGAAAAUGAAAAGAGUCUUGUCAAGCUGCUGCAAGGACUGGUCAGGAGUAUUAAAUGGAAACCUGAAGAAGUCAGUGAACUGUUCAAUGCCCUUCUGCAGAGAUUUGAGUCGGUGUGUAGAAAUGACAGAUCACAUCUCCUCACAUGGUUGCUCCAAAUGUUGCACUGGAUUCAAGUUAAUUACAUCACACCCACCUGGAGAUCUAAAUCAGGAAGAAACCUUCUGGAGUUGGUCAGAGACACGGCAAUGACCAACGAAGCACUCAAGGCGUGUUUGGGAGACGAUGAAGACAAAACCUUGGAUGAGAUUAUUGAAGAAAUCCGAGAUGGAGAGUUGAACCAAGUUAAUAAUGAGCUGUUGGCCGAGGUCAGAGAUAUUGUCUCAUCAGUUCAAGCAGAUCUUAAUUCAACCAUUUCAGGAUCACAGCUGACUGGCCUAAGAAAAGUCUUGCUGAUUCUUUGUAAAGUAGCAGAAAGAACUCACUUCAGACCACGACUGACCCAGAUGGUGAGCUGGUGUCUCAUGGUUCUUUCCAAAUCGGGGCGCCUCAUUCAGGUCGGCACUGGAGAGGGGAAGUCCUGCAUUGUGGCCAUGUUUGCAGCCUAUCGAGCUCUGAGAGGAGAGAAAGUCGACAUCAUGUCGAGUUCAUCUGUUCUAGCAGAGAGAGACAUGGAAGAUUGGAAGGAUUUUUAUAAACUUUUAAAGAUCACCGUGGACUGUAACAUCAACAAGCAAGACGAAGACUCAAAAAAAUGCUAUGAGAGCCAGAUUGUUUAUGGUACUGUUGAUGAAUUUGCUGGUGACUGGCUGCGGCAUCAUUUUCAUAGGAAAGACAUAUUUGGCCAGAGGACAUUCCAGUGUGCGAUUGUGGAUGAGGUGGAUUCCUUGAUGCUGGACAAAGGCCAUCAUGUAGUCUACUUAAGCAGUGACAUGCCAGCUCUUCAGCAUCUCAACCCUCUUCUAGCAUUAAUAUGGGCCACUGCUAACCAGUACAGCAAGGUAGAAUCAGGUCACAUUGUCGAACAAAAAUACCCCUUUCAUCAAGUUGUAUUAGAACAGAUCAAGCAGGAAGGAUUGGAUGAGUUGACUGUUCUUCAAAUAGCCGAGGAAACUGGUGUACUGGCCAAUGGCACAGUCAAGGAAAUACAGAGGAAACCAAAUCUUUUGGAUGAGAAAAUUGCAACAACUGCAAAUGUUCCAGCCGACAAUCUGGUCAAGUUCUUUAGGACAGUGGAGACCAGAUUCCCAUCAUGCCAGUUUGCUUUGCACAGCAUCAACACAGAUGGAUCCGUAGAAGAGAUAAAUAGAAGACCACCAAGAGGAAGUGGUCAGAGACGAGUGUCUCUGCUUUUGAAUGGUGGCUUCUGUCAAUACAUGUAUCUUGAUAAAAACAGUGUACUGAGAGCUACAGAAGAGGAAGUAAGGCGUUAUCUGCAUUUCACACCAUGUGAGCUGAACAAGUCUGAAGGAAGUUGCUACAUCCCAGGUUUUCUUUCAGAUCUAGUAGAAUCUAAACUAAAGGUCUGGAUUGAAAAUGCAUUCCAUGCACAAAGCAUGGAAAAAGAUCAUGAAUAUAUCUUAGAAAGUCAUGGAAUUGUUCCUGUGGACUACAGCUGCACAGGGGUUGUGGAAAACUUCAUGACAUGGUGUGAUGGUCUACAGCAAUUUCUGGAAAUGGAACAUGUGUUUAAGUUGAGUGAUAUGAACAUCAUCACCAACUACAUGUCCAACGUUGGUUUGCUUCAAAAGUACAAAAGUCAGAUUUAUGGACUGUCUGGGACUCUUGGACAACAAGCAGAGAUUGAGACCAUGAGGAAAAUAUAUGAGGGUAUCAAGACUUGCCAAAUCCCUUCAUACAAACGCAGAAAGCUGUUUGAGGUUCAAGGACUCAUCAUGACAAAUGAAAGAAGAUGGAUCGAGAAAAUAUGUGAAGUUGUUGUUGAACAAAGUCAGUCUACAACCCAUGUUGGUCAAAGAGCUGUACUAGUUGUCUGUGAGACUAUUAAAUUCGCAAAUACUAUUGAUCAAGCUUUAAAAGAGAAAGUCAAAAAUAAAAUGCUUUACAUAAACAACAACAGAGACAACAGUGCAAUCUUUGCCAAGGAGUUAGGUGCUGGAGAUGUUGUCAUAGCUACAAACCUUGCUGGUCGUGGAACAGACUUUCAGGUUUCUGAAUCAGUAAAAGAUGCUGGGGGUCUAUUUGUUGCCCAAACUUUCCUGCCUGCAAAUGCUCGUGUGGAGGCUCAAGCCUUUGGUCGAGCAGGGAGACAGGGAUCUCCAGGGUCUGCCCAGCUGAUUAUCUGUUCCAGGCAUCUUACAAAGCCCCUACAAUUACUGAUUUUAACAAGAAACAUUCUGUCUUUUAUUGAAAACAUUCUCUCUCCCUCUUGUCAAAAGCUGUUUCUUCUGCAGUUGAGGCAUUAUCAGAGAAGCAACUCCUGGGAGGAAAGUCAAGAUAUUUCCUCACUGCUGAAUCAUGUUCUGGCUGAAAACUCCACUACAGAUAUGAUGAUUGUUAAAGAGAUCAGAGAUGCAUCAGUUGCUGAAGAACUGUCAAACUACGUGGAGUGCCAUCUUCCAGAAAUAAAGAAAAAGGAGGAGCUCUUUGGGCAGUACCUAGAAACAUUGGAUCUGCUCUACAAAAGCAACAACAACAAGCCAUCUGAAUUAGAUGUGUCUGCACUCAAUGAGUUUUGGGGAAUGUGGCUUCUUACAAAACUUAACAUGGAACAGCCCAUCACUCAACAGAAAAAAAGCCUAAAAGAGGACCUAGAAAAAGCAAUGCAAAGACUCAAACAGAAAGAAUCUCCUUUAUCAAACCUCCACUACUACACUGCUUAUGGCAGUGAGCUAAAAGAAAAGAAAAAGCUUUCUGAGAGUGUCAGCAUGUUCACUAAAGCCAUAAAACAGGACCCCUAUUGGGCAGCAGUAGCAUAUUACAAUCGUGCUUUUUCAUAUUUAAACAGUCAGAACAAGAAUCAGGACCCCGAGUGCCUCAGCCAGGCUCUGGAGGAUUUGCAAAACGCAUUUAAAUCUCUUGACCUCUAUUGUAAACAACUUAAGGUCACACAUAAAUAUGGCAGACAUGAAAUUGUGGACGUUAUGAGCUGUCACAUCACCAGGUUUGAUUUGCACCUAAAUGCCAGAGCAAGUGUUCUCAUGUCCUUAAAAGCCAAUAUUCAUCAAGCUAUAGAACAGAUAAAAAUGGUAAGCAGGAUGGAUGGUUUUCUUAAAGUAGAAGAGAAUCUAGUGUACUUCUUGGCUCCCCCAGAGCACAUUCUGACUGUGAUGCUCUACAUGACGCUAUCAGAGGAACUUCAUUCCAGUGACCCGCUGAAGAAACAGCAGUUCAUCAGUAAUCCCAUCUUUGACAUCUUUAUGGAAAUCAAGAAUGUAGAAUCUAUGGGGCUGAGUCAUAUUUAUACCUUAGAGUUAUUGUCCUCUGGCUUUUUUUCAAGGAUUCGUUCAAAAUUACAUAGGGUGGUGUUUGAUUGAGCUAAAUAACAGUGAAUCUGUAACUAGCUAACCACAGAUGAUAACCAACAAUCUAAAUGUGAAAUUAUUUAAUCUUCAGUUUUUGUAUAUAAUGUAUAAAAAAACUUUAACAUAAAAUAAUAUAUAGAGAGCAAAACCCCUAAUUUCCCUAACUGAUGAUUUUACAAAACUCAUAUAGGUUAUUGUUAAACACUCUCCAUUUCUUCACCGUUAUGUCACAAAAAGAAACACUUAAAGUCGACUUUUGAUGCUUUUAAAUCUUUGCUUUUUAUAUUUUAUUCAUUUGUGGACUAUGAACUAUAUUUGUGUCUACUUGCAACUACAGCAUAUCUGAACCUGAACUACAAAAAGGCUGCGAGGGAAAAAAAAUUACAGGCUCACAAAAUUGAUUAGCGACCUUGUUUAGCAGUUUCACAGCAAAUGCUGUGACGCAAUAGACAAGAAAACAUUAUAGGCAACAGAGAAAACUGAAGACUGAAAAAUAUACCCCCCAAAAAUAGAAAAAUAUCUACACAACACAGGGAGAGAAUAAACGUUAUUUUUUGCACUCCUAGACAUUCAAAGUAAAUAAAAUUGAGGGCUAAAAACAGUGAAUUUUGCCUAAAUGUCCCUUUUAAAAGACAUGACCAGCAAUCAGUAGUUUUGUUUUUUAUGAUUUCAUCUUCUAUAAAUAUGCUGAUUCAUUUAAGAAAAAAAAAUGCAUGUGAAACUUCAAAUGAAGUCAAGAAAAUUCUGUUUCAGAGGCCACAUUUUCAAAGUGAAGCAAUUUUUUUGUUUUUACCAUAAUUUUCAACCCAAGAAAUGACAAAUAUACUCCCGCCUGGUAGACAAAUGCAGAACUGAAGUUAAUUUGCAGUUGAACAAAGCCUGAUAUUUAUGCAUAUUUCCCCCAAGAAAUAUGCAACUGUAACAAAAUGAAGUAAAUUUGAAUUGAAUGUCUGUUAAACACACUAGGGGCAUUUUUUCUUUUGCUGCUUUGUAAAGUAAGGAAAACGAAGAAAUUACUUGGUGAUGUACGAUUGUUUCAGUUCAUUGUUGAGGGUGCAGAAGAAAAACUUAGGGUUUGCAGAAAACCCUACGAUUUUCAACUGUUUUAGAUAUAAUGAUUAUCUUGGGAAGGUUCUCAAAAAUUUCCAGCCAUGUUCUAAAAGCUUGUAAAGAAUGUGAUUUUGUAACAUAACCACUAUGUUUGUGUUUUUUCUCUAAAUAAAUACAUUAAAGAGUAAAUGUA